UGUUUCCAUCGGCUCAUGGCACCCCCUAAUGAACCUGUUAAUCCAAUUCGAAAUUUGUUCCAUUGUGCAAGUUCGGAACUCUACUUCGACUCGUCUGAUGGAAAGUUGAGUGUGAAAGGUGUUCCACUGCUCUCUGAAGUUCCAACCAAUGUCACUCUCAGUCCCUUUCAUUCAAUCUGCCAACCUUCUUCUUGUUCUGAUGUUCCAUCUCAUCUGGUCCGACGCGUCUGUGCCUUGUCUCACAAGGCAGGGUUUCUUGCGUUCAAUAAGGAGGAGCCUUCUGAUAAGUUGACCAACUCCUUGGGUAGGUUCAGUAACAGGGAUUUCCUUAGCAUCUUUAGGUUCAAACCAUGGUGGUCUACCAUGUGGGUUGGGAAUAAUGGGUGCUCUUAGAUACAAUGGGUUUAGGUUCAAGUCUGGGUCGGAUUUGCAGGUGGAGACACAAUGGGUGCUCUUAGAUAUCCCUGAAAUCAAGUCCUAUGUCAUAAUCAUACCGAUCAUUGAAGACAAAUUCAGGUCUGCUCUUCUACCUGGUCCUGAUGGUCAUGUCAUUAUCUUUGCUGAGAGUGGUUGUACCGAAGUGAAAACUUCAUAUUUUGAUGCCAUCGCUUAUGUUCAUGCUUCUGAUAAUCCCUACACCUUGAUGAAAGAGGCCUAUAGUGCUCUUAGGGUUCAUCUCAAUACCUUUAGGCUCCUAGAAGAGAAAACAGUCCCAAGUUUAGUUGACAGGUUUGGUUGGUGCACUUGGGAUGCCUUCUAUUUAACUGUAGAACCUGUUGGUGUUUUCCAUGGGGUCAAGGAAUUUGUUGAAGCCGGUGUUCCCCCAAGGUUUAUCAUCAUUGAUGAUGGCUGGCAAAGUAUCAAUUUUGACAGUGACGAAAACCCGAAUGAGGACUCACAACUAAUCCUUGGUGGGACUCAAAUGACUGGUAGGCUUCACAGGUUUGAGGAGUGUGACAAGUUUAGGAACUACAAAGGAGGAUCUUUGUUGGAUCCUAACGCUCCUUCAUAUGAUUCCAACAGGCAGAAGAAGUUGAUAGCCAAGGCACUUGAAGUUGAGGAUAUUGAGAAGGCUCGUGACAGGGCCAUUCAAUCAGGAGUCACUGAUUUGUCCGAGUUCAAAACACAAUGGCAGAAGCCUAAGCAAGAGUUGGAUGUGAUGAUUGCUGAAGAAGAAAAAAUCAGUGGUUCUGCUUCUACCAAUGGCUGUGGAAGCUAUGGUGGAAUGAAGGCUUUCACAAGCGACUUGAGAACCAAAUAUAAGGGUUUGGAUGAUAUUUAUGUAUGGCAUGCUCUUUGUGGUGCCUGGGGUGGUGUAAAGCCCGGCGCAACCCAUCUCAAUGCAAAGGUCACUGCUGUUAAUGUCUCUUCUGGACUCGACGGGUCGAUGACUGAUCUUGCUGUGGUGAAACUCAUAGAGGGUGGCAUUGGACUUGUUCAUCCUGAUCAAGCUGACGAUUUCUUCAAUUCUAUGCACUCCUAUCUUUCUGAAGUUGGUAUAACAGGAGUCAAAGUGGACGUUAUUCAUAGUCUUGAGUUUUUAUGUGAGGAACACGGAGGCCGUCUGGAGCUUCCAAAGGCAUAUUACAAGGGGCUUACUUCUUCCCUUGUAAAUAACUUCAAUGGGACUGGACUUAUUUCUAGCAUGCAACAAUGCAAUGACUUCUUCUUCCUUGGGACUAAGCAAAUCUCUAUUGGAAGAGUUGGUGAUGACUUUUGGUUCCGUGGUGGAGAUGGAGACCCUAUGGCAGUUUAUUGGUUACAAGGAGUUCAUAUGAUCCAUUGUGCUUACAACAGCAUGUGGAUGAGUCAGUUCAUCCAACCUGAUUGGGAUAUGUUCCAAUCAGAACAUCCAUGUGGCCAAUUUCAUGCAGCAUCGCGGGCAAUAUGUGGAGGUCCGGUGUAUGUGAGUGACUCGCUUGAUUGUCAUGAUUUUGAUCUCAUCAAGAAGUUUGCUUACCCAGAUGGAACCAUUCCCAAGUGCCAGCAUUUUGCCCUUCCAACUAAGGACUGUCUCUUCAAAAACCCUUUGAAUGACAGCAAGUCCGCUCUCAAAAUUUGGAACUUGAACAAGUAUGCUGGUGUCAUUGGAGCUUUCAACUGCCAAGGGGCUGGUUGGGAUCCAAAAGAGCAAAAGAUCAGAGGCUAUCCCGAAUGCUAUGAGGAAAUCCAUUGUUCAGUGCAUGUUUCUGAAAUUGAAUGGGACCAAAAGAAAGAAGCAGCCAAUUUGGGCAAGGCUGAACAGUAUGUGGUCUAUCUCAACCAGACUGAUGAACUCCUCCUCAUGACCCCCAAGUCUGAUCCAAUUCAAAUCACAAUCAAACCAUCUUCGUUCGAGAUUUUCACCUUUGUGCCAGUUCAAAAUCUCCACUCCAGCAACACUAAAUUCGCGCCUAUUGGACUGACCAACAUGUUCAACAGUGGAGGCACCAUCCAAGAGUUGGAGUACAAUACUAGUUCGGUUUCUUCUAGUGUCAAGAUGAAGGUUAAAGGUGGAGGCAAUUUCUUGGCCUACUCGAGUGAGUCCCCAAAGAAUUUCUGUUUGAAUGGUGCUGAGGUGGAUUUUGAGUGGUCUUCCUGUGGUAAACUGACCCUGAAUCUUCCUUGGGUUGAAGAAGCUGCUGGAGUUUCGGAUUUGGUUUUGGUGUUUUGAUAUUAGGUCCUACCCAAGUCCAGGUUUUCUUCUUUUUGUUUAUGUUCCUUCUUUUUCUUUUUCUUUCCGUAGGAAUUGAAAUGUUAGGCACAUGGCACUUGGCAACUAUGAAGAGAAACAAUUAACAAUGUAUCCAAAUCGUUUAUUCUCUUUAUUAAAUGUGAGAUGCCUAAACACUUGAUUUCUAUUCA